CCAUAAAACCCCAAAUUAAAAGCAAAAACCUCUCUGCCAUCUCUCUGUUCUCACCCCAAAAUGGCCUAUACUCACCGUUUCGCUAUUCUUCUCAUCCUCCUCUCCGCCACCGUCGGCUUCUCCUCCGCCGCGUUGGUGGAAGAGCAGCCUCUCGUGCUCAAGUACCACAACGGCAUUCUCCUGAAAGGAAACGUCACUCUCAACCUCGUUUGGUACGGGAAGUUCACCUCGAUCCAACGCUCCAUCGUCGUCGACUUCAUCCGCUCUCUCAGCUCCUCCGCCGUCGCAGCAAAAGGUCCAUCCGUCGCUUCGUGGUGGAAGACGACGGAGAAGUACAAAGGCGGCUCGUCGAAUAUCGUUGUCGGGAAACAGCUCCUCCUCGAGAACUACCCACUCGGAAAAUCCUUGAAGAAUCCUUACCUCAGAGCUCUGUCGGGGAAGCUCAACGGAGGAGGGGGCGUUCGGUCGAUAACCGUCGUUAUAACGGCGAAAGACGUCGCCGUCGAAGGGUUCUGCAUGAACCGGUGCGGGACUCACGGCGCGAAGGCCCGUUCCGUCAACAGCGGAGCUUACGUCUGGGUCGGUAACUCUGAGACGCAGUGUGCUGGCUACUGCGCGUGGCCAUUUCGUCAGCCUAUCUACGGACCUCAGUCUCCGCCUUUGAUCGCGCCUAACGGAGACGUCGGUGUCGACGGGAUGAUUAUAAACCUAGCGACUCUACUGGUUAACACCGUCACGAACCCGUUUAAAACCGGUUACUUUGAUGCCGGGGAUCAAGAGGCCGUCUCGGUCUGUACCGGGAAGUUCGGGUCCGGUGCUUACCCGGGCUACGCGGGUCGGGUUCUCGUGGACAAGACUACCGGGGCUAGUUACAACGCUCUGGGUCUCGCCGGGAGGAAAUAUCUUUUGCCAGCGAUGUGGGACCCGCAGACUUCGAAGUGUAAGACUUUGGUUUGAGUUUAGACUGUCUGGAAAUUGACACGUGGCAAUAAAUCAAUGGAGAUGGCGAGUUGAAGCUUAUCGGAGCCAAAGAAAAGCUGUGUAGAUAUCUAUCUUGUCUGAUUGUACGGAGGAGUUUGGGGAAGGGGAUGUGUUUCCUUUGUCGUUUUGUGUGACGUGUACAUUCGAUCCUGGAGAUGUGUGAAAUGAUGGUUUAUAUAUCUAAUUUAAUGCCGAUAAUAAAAUCGAUUUGUAGUUUCCCCUAAGAA